CCCCUACCGCCUUAGGGGAAAAGACGAGUUCUGUCCCUCUCGUGAUCGUUUCUCUCACUCGAGCUGAGCUCCCUAUCCGCGAGCGGGAUUCCGUCUUUCUGGUGACUUGGGUCGACUCGGAGAGAAGCGAUCAAAGGGUUUCCCCGAGAAAUUGCCUUUUUUGUUGAGUGCUUCCGGUGUAAGCGAUGGAUGUAGUCUGGAGCUUUUCUUCUUUCUUGUUCUCGAACCAAUUGUUAUCUGAUCGAUGGUUUUAGAGUCUACAGGGAUCUCAAACCGUCAGAGGAAGCGGGAGUUUCUUUUUGUGGUUAAAGAUUUCGAACAGUAUGCGGUGGCUGAGUUUCUCGGUUGAUGUUUAUCGGAAAGUUAUUUCCUUGAACUUGUAUUGUAGGGUUAUUCUGUAACUCAUUACCUUUCCCUCUGGUUCUCUUCAUCUACUGCCCUCCUCUCUUUUCUCCAAUCUUGUCCUCGAAACCCCUCUUUCCCUCGGAGCCAGCGAAACCGUGAAGAUUGCAAUUUGGCUGGCAUUUCUCUUACGUCUGGCCUCCUAGAAUAAUCUUAUUGGAAAUUGGAUUUCAUUUGGGUUCUGGGUGGACUGGUCCUGUUCCCGAGGAAGAACAGUAGUAAUGGUGUGCCAAGCAGCAACACAAACAACAUUCCGAGCUUUGAAACACGAGAAUGGGAUUGCCGGUAGUACCACCAUAAUCGUUAGGGUCCUUGCUUGCUUCCAACCAUUGCAAGAUUGCCAGGCUGAAUACUUCCGCCACCUCCUGAAACCGGUCACGUAAAUUAGCUUCCUGUUAACAGUUCUCUUCAAUAAAGCUGGGAUUUCUUUUUUUUCUUCCUUUUUCUGGUAAACCCUGUUGUGGAGAUAUUAAUUGGCAUCUACUACUUGCCUAAGGUGAUUAAUUUAAACUUUGUUUUGAUGGGGAAGGAUAUUACUCCUCAGUUUGAUUCACAGCAUCCAUCUUGGCGAUUUAGUCAUAUGAACUCUGCUAGUAAUAUCCAACGGUUUGAUACCAGGCCUCAGAACGACAAUUCAAUGUUGCUUCCUGCCUGUGUUAAUCCCUAUGGUUGUGUAUUCUCAGUGAAUGCUGCAAAACAAUUCCCUGGUGUCUGCACAAACAAAUCCCUUCAAAAGAUAUCAUCUUUGAUUCCUCCUUUGACCCCAUCUCAAAGGCCUCCUGAAUUUGAUGUGUUGGAGAAGAGGUACUUGGCCUUUGAUCAGUUAAGGGAUGGAAGGAGCUACAUCUUUAGCUCAUCAAGCAUCCCUUAUCCAUUCUUUAAUUCUGUGGACCUAGGUUUCGGUCUGCAAGGCAGCACAGACACCAAUGUUUCCAAUGGGCAUGGGGCGGAAGAGAUGCAUGAAGACACAGAGGAAAUCAAUGCACUGUUGUACUCGGAUUCUGAUGAGGAUCAUGAUGAUGAAGAGGCCAGCACUGGACACUCUCCUGUUGGGGUGACAGGGAGGAGUUUAUCUGAGGUAGCUAGCUCUAUGCUUCCGGCAAAGAGGAGGAGAGUUAACGUGGAUGAAUUCGAUGCAUCACUUGUAGAUACUGCAAGCUCGCAAGUUCUCCACUGCCCUGAUGUUCCUACAGAUCACAGGAACAAAGGGGAUGGUAUACACUCUGAGUCAAGCUGUGUGAAAGGACGGGAUCACAAUCAGAACGGAGAUGAUGUGCGCAUCAAAAGAGCAAGAAUUCAGGAAACAGUUAGCAUAUUGAGAAGGAUUAUUCCUGGUGGAAAUGGGAAGGAUACAGCCACUGUCCUUGAUGUGGCUAUCAGCUAUCUCAAGUCGCUUAAGCUGAAGGCCAAAACUUUGAAUGCUUCUCCUUAGCAGCUACUCCAGCAACAUCUAUAUAUAUAUAUAAACCCCCUUCUUCUAAGUGUCACGGUCACAAAACAAAGGAAGAGGCCAGUGGGUUCUCUCCACACAGCUCCAAUGAUUGAAGGUGUGAAUCGGUACUCUAAAGUCACAGCUUUGGUAGAGUUUUGGCCUUUAAUGGUGGGGGAAGGAGGAUAUGAUGGUCCAAUAAAGAAUGGCUAUUCCUUUGGUAUUUAUGAGUUUGUAUGAGGAUUCCAAAUUGAUGCAAAGAGGGUCCAAGAGUAGCUUCUUUUGACUGAAAGGGAAUGAUGGGAAUUCUUAGGAGUGCGCGUGUGUGAUGAAUCUAUAAAGGAAGGCUUGCACACGCCUGUUAUGUUGAGUGGUGAUUGCCACUUUAUCUGUCGUUGUUGGUUUCUUUAGACAAUGGCAGUGCAAAGAAGAAAAGGAAAUGUAACCUGGCUAUUAUGUAUAUAACUUUAAUGAUUUCCUGGAGUAUUGUGGAGGUUAAAUUGCUUUUGUUGACAUGGGUGAGCAGGUUACUUCAUUAUUCGGCUUGUAUGGGGCCAUGCUGAAAUAUUUUGGAAGGAAGGGCAUUUGGUUACAUGAUGAAUGGAUGAGGUUGUGGUCCAUUGAUUGGUUUCUUUCUUCACAAGUGGGAGUCACUGUCGUCCGGAAGCUCUCCAUUCAGCUUUGUGUCGAUUGCUAUGUGGCAAGUUUCUGGGUGCUUAUUCACAUCGACUUUGCGAAACUGUAAUCUGUUCUACAACUCUUGUUGCUGCUGCUGCUGCUGCUUUGCCUUUGCUUUGAGUCUUUUCCCUUGUUGAUAUCGAUGCCAUUGUUUGUGGUCAUCAUAUUUGGCUUCAAGGAUGUUAGUGUAGGCAUCAGUUUGUGCUGUUAGGUUGGCCUGCCAUGGAUGCAAUAAAUACUGUGGCCUUUAAUUGUAUCGAACAUGUUAUUAUGAUAUAUUGGAAUUUUGCCUUGUGAUUUUUA